AUGUCUGCUCCGCUGAAUACACCACAAGAAGAUGCUGAACGAAUUCGCUUGAAACGCCUUGCUCGACUUGGCGGUGGCGGACAAGCAUCGCCAGCCGCUUCGGGUUCCACGAGUACACCGGCCACACCACCGGCCGCUCCCAAACCUGUCAUUGCUCAUACUCCUGUCACUGCUUUACCUAAGCCUAAACCUAUUGUCAAGCCCGCCGCUCCUGCCUCACCCGCCCCCGAACCUGCCAAGCCAUCGCCAGUUAAACAAUCGCAACCGGUCCCACUAAAUUUCCCUCAAUGGGAAUCUGAAACACUAGGGAAAGUAUUCAAUGUUACGUUGGAUAGAGAGCAGGCAGAAAAGUCAGGAUGGACUAUUACAUGGCUUCGCGGUGUGCGAAACGAACUACUAGAGGAGGAUCCAGCCCGUCCUCAACCGAUCCCUUUGGAGGCCGACCUCGCAGACAGGCUGAUAAUCGACCGACUCAGUCUCGACCCGCGUAGUCCGACUGAUGAUCCCGAACUUCUUACUGUCCUAGUGGGUUACCCCCACUGGAAACCUCGUUGGGAUACCUUACCCCCACCUUUAGCUGAUUUGCAGCGAGCAACGCAAAUACUCGAUAAGUUGCGCGAGCUCGUCGUAUCCUAUGCUGGUUUCACGCUACAAGAUCCCGGCAUGUUCCCUCAACCCGAGGGUGUGGUCCUUGGGGCCCAGGAGCUUCUUCCCAGCCUUCUAAGCCUCAGUUCUGCGCCACUUAAUGCCGGGUCGACAGAGCUUGGUCUCGGUGCUGGAGACGUGGAGGCUUUUAUAGGAGAUCUUGCCAAAAGAUUUGCUGAUGAUGGGAUGGAUGAAAUCUUUGGACCUAUAAUCACCAUGGUCAUCGGCGCACUACCUGCUGAAGGUUUGGGGAGCGGGGGAUCAGAGUGGAGGGCCGUAGUAGGUGCCUUGGAAGCUCUUGUUUCCGAUAAAAAUGUAGCAAUGGCGUUCCCUCGGCUGCCAAAUUGGUUACCUGAGCAUGUAACUCCCCAUGAGGUCGAGUUUGCCUCUUUGUUGGGACCCUUGGCCCGCAUGGGUAUAUUUGGCCGGGAAUGGCCCGCUCUCGCCCAAUCCUAUUACCCAGAGCCAGAUAAGCGAACAUCUCAAAAUGCAGAGGCCGUGGAUACUACGUUGCGUGCGACCCUAGUUAACCUCCAGCAAUCCCUUUUCCUCGUCUUCAAUGCAAUUGUCCGCGCAUCGGCAGAUUCUCGAGAAAGGGUGCUCAAAUACUUUUCGACGGUGCUAAAUAUCAAUGUGAAAAGGGCUGGUGCUCACGUUGACCCGCGUACGGUUGCAUCGGAUGCGUUUAUGAUCAACUUGCAAGCAGCUCUACUCAGAUUUGCGGAACCAUUCUUGGAUGCCAAGUACAGCAAAAUCGACCGUAUUGAUGCUAAAUACUUCGCUAUGACCACCCGUAUCAAUCUUGCCGAAGAAACUAGGUUAAAGGCAACAGCAGAGGAAGUAAACGCAUGGGAGCAACGCGUGGCCCAGAAUGGAGUCACUCCACAAAACUUCAUCUCGGAUAUAUUUUUCCUGUGUGCCGGCUACAACCACCUUGGAAUCAUCCGUACUAUUGCUACUCAUGGAGAAAUCCUCAAGCACCUGGGCGAGAUUGACAAGUGGCUUGAAACGGCCGAAGCAGCAGAAGUCCCUCCAGGGCCGCAACAGACCCUCCAUCAAGCACGGAUCGAGCGUGUCAAGAAUGGUCGACCCUACGCACCAAUACCCGAGCAAACCCAUGACUCUGCCCUUGCCGAACAAGUUCCCGAUGAGUUCCGCAUACUACCAGAGUAUUUCGUCGAAGAUGUAGUAGAUUAUUAUAUCUACAUCAUGAAGUAUCGCUCUGAUUUACUCGAUACCACACUGAGGACGGAAUUCUUAGUAUUUGCCCUGACGUUCUUAUCAUCUACAUGGUAUAUUAAGAAUCCGUUCCUGAAAUCCAAGAUACUCCAGGGCUUAUUCUACGGAUCCAUACAUAUUGGGCGUGAGCGUGAUGGUCUGCUUGGAGCACUCUUCAAUAGCCACCCGUUGGCUCUGCAACAUCUGUUCCCGUCAUUAAUGUGGUUCUACGUUGAGGUGGAGCAAACUGGUGCAAGCACUCAGUUUUAUGACAAAUUUGAGUCUAGACGCAACAUUGCAUACAUUCUCCGAGGGAUAUGGAAUAAUCCAAACCAUCGUGAUACUCUCCUCAAAGCAGCCGAGGGUUCGGACAAGUUCGUCCGCUUCGCGAACUUACUUAUGAACGAUGCUACAUACCUGCUCGACGAACUUCUCACCAAAUUGGCCGCUAUCAAGCAGCUUCAGCAGUUGAUGGCAAAUAAGGAACAAUGGGAUGCGCUCCCUGCAGAAGAACGCCGAGAAAAGGAGAAAAACUUCCGCCAAUACGAAGGGAUGGCUGCUUCGUAUGCUACGCUAGGAAAAUCCACCGUUGGGCUUCUUCGUGACUUUACCAAGGAGACUAAAGCAGCGUUCUUGAGGCCUGAAAUCGUAGAUCGUCUGGCUGCUAUGUUGUCGUACAACAUCGACAUGCUUUGUGGGCCACGCUGUUCAUCGCUACACGUGAAGGACAUGGAGAAGUAUCGAUUCCAGCCACGCGCUCUCUUGGGCGAAAUCUUCCAAAUCUUCCUAAAUCUGUCGGGAGAGGCACCUUUCAUCCAAGCCGUUGCGAGCGAAGGACGCAGCUACAAAAAGGAGGUGUUCUUAAACGCGGCUGGGAUCGUUCGCAAGCAUAGUAUCAAAUCCGAAACGGAAAUCGAGAAAUUUGUGGCGUUCAUUCAGAACGUAGAGGAGGCUAAGGUUUUGAUAGAGCAGGAAGAUGACUUGGGCGACGCUCCUGACGAAUUCAUGGAUCCGCUCAUGUAUACUCUCAUGCGCGAUCCGGUCAUUCUCCCGUCUUCGAAGGCCACUGUGGACCGCUCUACUAUCAAGGCCCACUUGCUAUCUGACACGACGGAUCCUUUCAACAGGUCGCCACUGAAGAUCGAGGAGGUUGUACCAGACGUGGAGUUAAAGGCAAAGAUCGAAACUUGGCUUGCAGAGAGGCGUGAUGGCAGACUCAAGGAAGCCCUAGAGAAUGCUGCCGUGGGGACAAGCGAGAUUCCGAUGGAGGUUGACGAGGCUACAUAA